AUGGAGCUUCCCAAACCGAAACCCAAACCGAAACCUAAAGCCCGUAAGAACGGAUCCACAAACACGAAAACUAUUAUGGCUCCAGGAGCCGCUCAAGAAAGAGUAGCACAAGCGUGUGAUCGGUGUAGAGCCAAGAAGACUAAAUGUGAUGGAAAACAACCGUCUUGCUCCAACUGUGCUGCUGUAGGGUUCAAAUGUAUUGUCUCAGAUAAGCUUUCACGAAGAGCGUUUCCCCGUGGGUAUACAGAGACACUUGAAGAGAGGAUCAGACAACUUGAAACCGAAAAUAGAAAGCUCGCUGGAUUGUUGGAAAUGAGACAAGAGCAGUUGGAGUUGAUGAACAAUAAGGUCGGAGAAACACUCGUAGACAAAUCACAACUGAAGAGGGAGGUACUGCCGAUGGAAAAUGGGCUCGUGGUGGAUACAAUUGUCGAACCAAGACAAGCUAUUACAUCGUUGAACUUGUCGUUACUCGAUAACCAAAAUUCUCAUUGGCAUGAACACCAGAAGGGGUGUCCCUGUGGAUGUGCACAGUUUCCCCAUACUGUUCAUGAAAGACCAGUAUCGUUAGCAGGCUCAGUAGGACCUCCAUCUCUUGCCAAUUCUGUUACUGGUUCAUUGGCGGGCUCGAUCGUGAGCGACGACGACGACAGCUUACUCAGUUUUGACGAGCCUCAGAACAAUUAUUCUGGGGAAAAACCAGCCCCGGGAGCGUUUGCUGCUGCCACAGCUAUCGCCGAGAUGCAAAAGUCCACCAAUCAUCCGGUCGACGAACGGAGUAAGCAACAACUACUCACAUCUCUAGUUGCCAUGUCGAUUCCUCGAAGCACCGAAGAAACCCUUUUUGUUCCCACGCUUUUAGCCAAGUUUUGCCAGAGUUUCGGCUACAAAUCCAAGCAAAGCGUACUUGCUGCACAUACAUUGGCAUCGUUAAAAGAGCCUGUUCCAAGUACGGGCUCCUCUCGUCCUAACGUGAGGUUUUUGAUGGACAGAGAAGACUUUGCACUUUCCGAAUCUGAGGUUCUUGCGCUCUUAAAAUUGAUCCAGCUUCCAUCCAGAAUCGACUUGGAUCAGCUCAUCACCACUUACUUCCAGGACUGGGGAAGUGCUUUUCCCAUAUUGAACAAAAAUGCGUUCAUGAGUGGAUACGCAAAGCUCACAGCAACCAUGGAACAUAAUCGAGUUCAAGAAGUUGACCAAAAGUAUGAACUGAUAGAGAAGUUCACCGCUAUCGUCGUCAUCGUUGUAGCACUCAGUUUAGUGUCCAACAAAAACACACAUAUACGAGGAGACUCCAAGGGCACAGAGUGGUAUUCUGAAUCAUUGGCUCAUUAUGACUACCUUAUUCAUCACUUUAUUCGACCCAAUUGUAUCAUCACAAAGUACUGCUCAAUCCAGUCGCUUCAGGUCCUUUCCUUAGCAAUGCAAUAUUGUCUUGUUGUUGGUGACAUCACCACUUGCUAUGAGCUUCGUGGAAGACUUAUCACUAUGGCCCAGCAGUUGAGAUUACAUAGAUGUCCUGCUGCUGUGUUAGGAAUAUCUGGUGAUGGAAAUGCCGAGUUUCGCAAUUUUUUACAAGGAGAAAGAAGAAUUCUCUUCUGGUGUGUCUACUGCUUGGACAUUUACUCUUCAUUGAACCUCGGUGUUCCACGAUUGUUGAAAGAUUUCGAAAUAGAAUGUGCCUUGCCCUUUGCCGGUAGAAAUGAUGAUUCUGAUGACGAAAACGAAAACAUUGUGAUGAUCAACAACACUAAACUUUCCAUCGUUGGAAAGGUUUCCAAAUUUGCGCUUGCGGUCAUUUUAUACUGCAAAGUCUUGGGUAAAAUUUUGGACUCGAUUUUUUCCAGAUUUGAAAACGAUGAUAUUUAUAAUAAAGCACUUGUCCGAGACGGUAUGCUUGACAAUUGGCGGCGUGAGCUUCCGGCGGAGUUGAAGUUUGACAUCGAUGUCAGUGCGUUCAAUAUCGGCGAAAACGGCGAAGCGAAGAAUGGCUGGACCCAUUACAGCAAGCAGCAACUCACCCUCAUUUUUCUAUUCUGUCACGCCAAGAUAUUGGCGUACUUACCCAUUCUUUCAAAGUAUGGGAAUCACCACGAUGUUGGAUUAUCGAAAAAGGAACAACUUACCAAGGGUACGGGACAAGUGGGGUCUAUUAUGUCUUCAGUUACCAUGAUUCAACAGUCUUCAACUCAAAUUUUGGACAUGAUGAAAAGUAUUUCGACGUCCCCUCUGCCGUUCGUGAUACCUGUGCCAUUAAAUCUUCCCAGGCAACAAAUACGUUUGGCUCUUUUGGUGGCUCGUGGUUGCUUGGAUUAUACCAAGGGAGGACCAUUAAGGCUUCAUCUGAAAAAAUUAUUGGACGGUACCGUUUGCUACUUGAAGUGUGAAAGUAGACUAAACAUCCCAGGGUGUGCUAGUAUGAAUUCAGCGAAAUUGCUCGAGCUAACUGUUCUGGGAGUUUUAUCACCAAACACCUCAAAACAGCCAGCGUCAGAGGUUAAGUUUAAACCCCAACCAUCCAACCAACCAAUCACGAAAACAGCUGUGGUAAGGGAACCUCAACACCGGUUCGGUAAUCCAUUUUCAAAUACCAAAUCGCAAGAUGAAUCUUAUCAGAUUCCCGAUUCAAAUUUGCAAGGAGAAAGUGAAAAAAUGGACCGUCGUGGAAGCACUACUAGCAGUGAUUAUCAAUUUCCUACCAAUGAUGGUGACGAAGAACCACCCACGGAAAGUGAUGGUAUAGAGUCACUUCUUCUGUUUGAUCCUUUUAAGCUUGAUCUUAAGGGACCUUUACACAUGAACGAUUUUGCAGCCGAUGGUUCUCUUGGACUUGCACCAUUUUUGGACCAAGCAGAAACGCUAGAAUGGCUGAUCACUCAGGACGGAAAGGAGGAAUUCGAGAACAAUGCUGACGCGUUCUUUGAGUGGAAUUGA